GUGAUUGGUAAGCUCUGGUUAUGUCUCUAUGUUAUCAGCUCUAAUGGAAUUACACUUUUAAGGUGUUUUUAAAUUUUUUUUAUUAAAGCAAUCCUCUGCAUGGAUAGUCAUAACAGUUGUGACAGAAUCAUACAGAACUCUGAUUUUGUCAUAAAGGAGUAAACCCUGUGCCUGCCAGAAAAGGAGUCCACCAGACUGCAGAGAUGAAAGUGAAAUGGACAAAGUUAGGAAUGGUUUUCUUUCUGCUUCUCUCCUUUGUAAUGACGGGCUGUUUCAUUUGGCAGUACAGCCUUCCCAAAGCAAAACCAGUGGAUAUAAAAUUAGCAAAAGAAGUAAAAGUGGAGAAGAUGUGCCCACGUUUCCCUGAGCCUGUGCCAUUGGAGCACCCGAUUCCUGUCCUUAUGGAAGCUCUGGACAAGGUAGAUGUGCUUUUGAGGACCAGCAUUGAUGCCAAAAAACUGCCAGCCAUCUCUGCCAUUGUAAUAUUUAAUGAUUCUGUAUUGUGGAACGGGAACUUUGGCAGAAGGAAUGGAAGUGACCCCACGUCUCCCCCAACAAAUGAGUACACAGUUUACCGAAUUGCAAGCCUGUCUAAAAUCUUCCCCACCUUGAUGCUGUACAAACUUUGGGAGGAUGGAAAAGUGGAUUCCUUGGAUGACCCUCUGGGGAAGUAUGUUAAGAACUUCACCAUAAAAAACCCUCUGGGGAAAAGAAUGGAUCAUGAACUCAAGUCCAUCUCUGAAGGCAUGAGCAUUAGAGAGGCUCAAGUCCACGUCUCCUCAGUUACCCUGAGAAGGAUGGCCAGUCAGCUGUCAGGUUUACCCAGGCGGCUCAGGGCGACUACUUUACUGUGGAAAGGCAACACUCAGGCUGCUGUGGAUUUAUUACAAGAUGAUGUUCUCGUGGCUGACCCUGGAACAAGGUGCCACUACAGCAACCUGGCCUUCUCCCUGCUGGCCCACGUGAUGGCAGAGAAGGUAGCGGGGAUGGAUUAUCAGCGAUGGGUGUCUGAAAAUAUCCUACAGCCGCUUACAAUGGAGGACACUGGAUUCGAAAUCAACUCUCAAAUAGAGAACCAAAUGGCAAUAGGAGUUUACUCAAGCGGGCGUCCCGCACCCCUCUGUGACCUCGGUUGGUAUAGACCAUCAGGGCAAAUGUACUCCACACCUGCUGACAUGGCCAAACUGGUGAUGAUGCUUCUGGGUGCAUACCACCGCCCGGUUCUCCAGCCUGACACCCUCAAAACCAUGUUAACUCCUCUGUUUCGCUGUGAAAAAAGUUACUUUGCAGAUCAAACUGGCACACCUUGGGAGGUAAAAGAACAGUUGGACUAUGACGUAAUCCGCAAAGAUGGAGAUCUAGACGGUUAUUCGGCCUCACUCUCCCUUGUUCCUCGCUUGAAGCUGGGGUUGGUCCUCCUAAUGGCUGGAACCAAACCUGAAGAUGAGGAUCUUGUGGCUAAAGUCUACAGUUCACUCAUUCCUGCCAUGGAAAAUGCCUUUAGAGAUGCACCUCAUGUUCUCAUCCCUCCUCCGGACCCUGUUCCCUACAUAGGUUACUUUAGUUAUAGCAACAUAACGUUCUAUGAGAUCAAAGCAGAUGCAGAUGGAGUGCUGUCUCUGGAGCAGACCGGACCUCAAGUAGACACCAUGGUUCCCAUGAAGCACAGAAGUUUGAAACUCAGUUAUCUCCAGGAUAGGGUCUUCAGGGUGGUGUUUGAGAAGGAAUAUCCCUGUCAGCUGAAAGUUAACGCUGCUUCUGUUUCGCUUGAAUCUCAGGAUGGACAGCUUUUUAACUUUUACAUCUUUAACAAAAAGGGGCUCUCACCAGGUUUUGAUGUCCCAGGGUUAAACACUUAUAAAGUCACACGAAUUCCCCGCAAACCGAUUUUCAGCGGAUGAAGAAAUCAGUAGAUUGAGCUUUUGAGUUGUUACGCUAAAAGGUGCUCUCUUUAAAGAAAGUGUCAAAUUCUGAGGAACUUCAACCUCUGCAUUUUACUAAACAUGUGUCUAAGAGCUGAACGUAUAUGUAGAAUACUUUUUUCCUAUUGUUUUCAUGGCAUAUCAUUCAGGAAUAUCAUGGCAUCGACUGUCCUUUAUGUGUGUUUCUAAAAUGCUUGAACUGCAUGUCUUAAUUAAAAGUAAAGUGUGUGCCUUUCCUAAGCAUUUGCACCUGUGCAUCAGUUUCCAAGUACCCAAUUUUGUGUGACCUUGAUUUAGCUAGAGCAUAUUCCAAUGUUGGUUUAUACAUACUAUUUUACUUAAAAUACAAACCAUUGUAAAGGCUUGUUCACACCAAAGAUGAUUAUUAUAACAAUAAUUAUAAAGUUUUUAAGCAUUCUAAUUCUAUGAGAAAAGGGAAAUCCAUAAAACACACACACAAAAGAUACGGACACAGAGAAACAUUAUCACUGGAAUCACUUUCAAAACUAUUUUCCCCAGCUGGUGAACACUGCAAUAGACAACCAAUCAGAAUCCACCUGACAUUUACAUUUAUCUGACGCUUUUAUCCAAAGCGACUUACAAUUGCUAUAUAUGUCAGAUGUCACACACCUCUGGAGCAACAAGGGGUUAAGUGUCUUGCUCAGGCACACACUGGCGUCUCACAGUAGAUUCGAACCCAGGUCUCUUCAGACCAAAGGCAUAUGUCUUAUCCACUGCACCAACACCACCCAUUUAAAGGGGCAGAUGACAAAACUGCAGCGUGUGAUUAAUAAAAUGUUAUUGUGAGUUGAUGUGGAUGCUAAUACAGUUAUAUUUUUUCUUUAUAGUUAUCGUUCUUGGUGUGAACAGGCCUAAUAUUAGCACCUUGAUUUUAUCAAUAAUGUAAAUGUUGCUUUUUUAAAUCUAUAUACUGUACUCUUACACACUACUGUAUAUGCACUAAACAAACAAAUCAAAUAACACUCUAACAACCUAACAAAUAACAACCUAAACAAAUAAAAUACAUAUACUUAACAAUAUAAGCUAAAUGCAUAAAUGUUAAUGUAAUGUAAAUAUACAUACAUACAUACAUACAUACAUACAUACAUACAUACACACA